AUGUUGAAGUUCUGUUUGUCGAGAGAAUGUUGUGAAUUAAUUUCGCAAGAAAAUCUUCCAGAUCAUGCAAUUUUUGAUGAAACUAUUUUCAGAUACUUUGUUGUAUCACUUUUAUUGCUGAGAAUUGCAGGUGAAGCAUGCAUCUCGAUGAAAAUCGAAUUAAAAGUGAAUGAAAAAAGUUCAAUGAUCUCUUCAUCAUUGGAUGAUCAAAAAUGUCAAAAAUUAAAAGCAGGUGGCAAUAAUCCAAUUUAUUUGGGUCAAUCAUCACUAAGAUGCCUUUCAGCUGCUUUGACCGAAAGAAAUCUUGUUCACAAGUAA